AUGACAGAUCAUUUAGUAGGUUAUGGUGGUUGUGGUUGUGUUGUGGUUGUUUUCAAAAUGUUAGAUAGUGUAAAACACGUAAUACUAGUCCUUUCUGGAAAAGGUGGAGUUGGGAAAUCAACAGUUAGUACCCAAUUAAGUCUAAUUUUAGCAGAAAAAGGCUACAAAGUUGGUUUAUUAGAUGUAGAUUUAUGCGGUCCAAGUGUUCCUUAUUUAUUGAAACUUGAAGGAAAAGAUGUUCAUCAAGCAAAUGAAGGAUGGAUUCCAGUGUUUUUUGACGAGAACCAAAACCUAGCCGUUAUGUCAAUAGGAUUCCUUCUAAAUGACAGAAAUAGUUCUGUAGUAUGGAGAGGUCCAAAGAAGACUGCGAUGGUCAAACAAUUUUUGACUGACGUCUGCUGGGGAGAUCUUGAUUAUUUGAUUAUUGAUACACCUCCAGGAACCUCAGAUGAACAUAUAACAGUAAUGGAGAGUUUGAAAACACUUAAAUGUGACGGUGCUAUUAUAGUAACUACUCCGCAGCAAGUCUCCAUUGAAGAUGUUAGAAAAGAAAUAACAUUUUGUAAAAAAACUGGAAUUCCGAUAUUAGGACUUAUUGAAAAUAUGAGUGGGUUCGUUUGUCCACAUUGUCAUGAUUGUACGAAUAUAUUCAGUAAAGGUGGAGGGGAAUCCCUAGCGGAACUUACGGAAAUUACAUUAUUGGGUACCCUGCCAAUCGAUCCAAAAGUUGGAGAGUUGCUCGGAAAAUGUUGCAUUAAAGAGUUUCCUGACUCACCAUUAUCUAUAGAAUUUAAUAAUAUUGUGAGCAAAAUUAUAAAUAAAUAAAUGUUAAUCGAUUUAU